AUGGAAGUUUCCUCGAUAAGCAGUAUUACGCUUAGGAUUCAGGGUUCCGGAGAUUUGGAAAGUAGUGAUUUAUUCGAUGACUGCAAGCGGGAUGACGAUGGGGCUAUCUGCCGGAACAGCUCAAACAGCCAAUCGUGUCCAGAGAAGUUUGGCCGCUAUCCAGUUCCGGAUCAGUGUGACGCCUACAUAGAAUGCAGGGAAGGAGUCCCGGAACGAAAACUUUGCCCGGACGGGCUCUUGUUCAAUGAAAACCUCAACCUGUUCAGCUAUCCGUGUCAAUAUCCGAUCGAUGUGGACUGCGGCAGCCGGACUAGAACACAACCGGCCAUCCCGACGGAAAAUUGUCCCCACCAGUUCGGAUACUAUAAGCUGGGUGAUCGCGCCAACUGUGGCCAGUUCAUGAACUGCGACAAUGGCAUCGGCUUCACCCUGGACUGUCCCUACGGAUUGGCCUUCAACAGCAAAACCUACCAGUGCGAUUGGCCCGAUCUGGUUGAGGAUUGUGAUGCCGAUGCUUAUCUGGGAUUCCGUUGUCCUCCCCAGGGCGAACUGGUGGCCCCGAUCCGUUUCUUCCGUGCUCCGGACAACUGCCAGAAGUACUUCAUCUGUGUGGACGAUAGGCCACGCGUCAAUCUGUGCGGUCCGGAUCAGGCCUUCAACGAACUCAUCAAUGCCUGUGAUGGAGUUGAAAAUGUGACCGGGUGUGCUAUCUAAUUAACUAUUGCGAGACAGUUGCAUUCUUAUCCUCAGUUAUGUGCCUUAGAACUGAUAAUACUCAAAUAAAGUAGUUU